AAUCACGUCUGGAUUCGUCGCCUUCGCGCUUGCGUACUGCGGCUCCAGCGCUGAUGCAAGAAAUUUUCGGCGCAGCGGUGUGGGACUGAUCGAGAGACAAAAAGUAGCCGGAUUUCAGCCACUUUUCAGACCGCAAACAUGUCAGGAGACGAGAUGAUCUUUGAUCCCAACAUGACCAAGAAGAAGAAGAAGAAGAAGAAGCCCUUCAUGCUGGAAGAGGACGGAGGAGAGGGUGUGGGAGGAGAAGAGGCUAAGGAAGUGGAGGCGAAGGAGGCAGAGCCAGAGGCUGGAGAGGACAAGGAGAUGGAUCUGGAUGAAGAUGAGGGCAGGAAGAAAGAGCCGUCUGAUGAUUUGAAUGACCUGAACUUCUUCAACCAGAAGAAAAAGAAGAAGAAACCCAAGAAAGUAUUUGAUAAUGAUGUUGAAGAGGGAUUAAAGGAGCUAAAAAUUGAAGGAGAGCAGACAGAGGCACUGGAGGAGGACAACCUGGACCUGAUGCUUCCUACCAAAAAGAAAAAACCUAAGAAAGUAGACUUUGAUGAGGGCGAGCCACUGGAGAAGGACGACGCGCUGGAGGACGAUGAGGGGAAGAACAACGAUGGAAUCUCAUUCAGCUCCUCCACAGGACCAGCCUGGGCCGGCUCGGAAAGAGACUACACUUACGAUGAGCUCCUGAACCGAGUCUUCAACAUCAUGAGGGAGAAGAACCCAGACAUGGUGGCCGGAGAGAAGAGGAAGUUUGUGAUGAAGCCUCCUCAGGUGGUCCGAGUGGGAACCAAGAAAACCUCCUUCGUCAACUUCACAGACAUCUGCAAACUGUUGCAUCGUCAACCUAAACAUCUCCUUGCUUUCCUGUUGGCUGAGCUGGGAACAAGUGGUUCCAUAGAUGGAAAUAACCAGCUUGUGAUCAAAGGCAGAUUUCAACAGAAACAGAUAGAAAAUGUGUUGAGAAGAUAUAUCAAGGAAUACGUGACGUGUCACACCUGCCGCUCCCCAGAGACCAUCCUGCAGAAAGACACUCGCCUCUAUUUCCUGCAGUGUGAGACGUGCCACUCCCGCUGCUCCGUCGCCAGCAUCAAGACCGGCUUCCAGGCUGUGACGGGCAAGAGGGCACAGCUCCGCGCCAAAGCCAACUAAAGGCCACCGAAACUGGGCUCCCCCUCUUCCUCUCGGCCCUCCCCUUUCCCCUCUUGAAGGGCCGGAGCUGGGGUCGGACGCCCCCCUCGAUUUGCUAAAAGGACUCUCUGAAUCGAACUGUGGGAGGGUUUGGCAGUUGUUUAGUUGUGUCGUGGCCUGACCAGGCAGGGAGUGAGAGAGUAUCUAAAGCUGGCAGAUGGGGUUCAGGCACCAUAAGCAGAUGAUGUGUACCUCAUACACUGUUGGAUGCAUUUGAUUUGUUGUCUGGCUGAUGAACCCUCCUAGGUUUUUUUUUCCCAUUUGUUGUGAUUCUUGAAAGAAAACCCUGAUUUAAUAUGGCUUGAAUCCUUCCUCAUUCAUUCUUCUCCCACUUUACAUACACCAGACAUGAGUAUUUCUUUGGUUUAGGAAUACAUUUCUCCACGCAACCAGCCAAAUUGCAGUUGAGCUAAAUUGAUCUACAAUAACGGAGCUUAGUUGCUCUGUCAAUUGUAACCUCGUGGCUCAUGGUUGCUUCUUUAUUCUUAAGCUUAACAUCGCUUAACCUGAAGGUUGUGUUUUUGUUUCUGGUCUGGCCUUAAAUCAAAAAGCUGCCAGCCCAGAAUCUUUUGUCCUAGCUUAUCAAAGAUAAAAUGUCACCAGGCUGGAGUACACACAGAGAUCGUCACUGUUAACUAGUCUGUGACAGGCUCCUAACACAGACCUCCCCUUGGCCAUUUUAUAAAGUCAAACUCAAAGGGGAGAACACCUUCCCACUGAAGACUUUAAUAGAGAGGUUGUGUGUGAGACAGAAAGAGAAAUGAUAAAAUGUGCUUUUAAGGCAUUGAUGAGCAGUUAUGUACUUUAUUAUUUCUCUGACUUCAAAAGUUUGGAUCAACACGCCUUAUCAAACACUGAAGAUUUGAUUAGAGGGAUGUGAAAUUUGAUAAAAUUCAGUUUGUCAAGAUAAAGAGGAGUACGUUUCUUGGGCUAAUGCCAGUCUCUUAACACAAACACCCAGAUGCUUUCCCCUAAAAAACAGCUUCCGAGCUGCUGCGUCGGUCUCCUCUCACAGGUCAUUCUUUUCAACUAUGAUUCAAGACAUUAAUGAUACAAGCUGCCAGGAUAUAAAGAGUUUUUGUCCAGUGAUGCUGGAUACAUGAUAUUGGUUCUGUUCUGGUUUGAAAAGAAAAUGGAUAAGAAGGUCUGGCUAGAAUCAUUUUAAAACUUGGUUUUUACAAAAAUAAAAUAUUCUACUCUCUCUCUCCAUCA